UCCUGGUCACUCAAUAGCUUCUCCUCCUUUACUUUCUGCUUCUCCUCUUUACCGCUCUCCUAAGCAUCUUCCUUCUCUUCAUAUAUAUUUUAUAUUCUUAAUCUCGCGGCUUCUCAAAUCUGAAGCCUUCUUCUUUAGCUUUGAGAGAUCUCUUUCCUUUAAACCAAAUCCACAACCCCUUUGCUUGAUCUGGUUUUUCACCCCUGGAUUCCAAGAAAAAACAAAAUUGAGACCCAUGGUCCAUUUAGUUUCUGGGUUUUGUUGAUUUUGCAGGAAAGAAACUUGGGUUUUUUUUUUUUUGCUUGUUCGUUUAAAGCACGUUUCCUUCAUCUGGGUCUGUUUGGUUCAUUUUGUUUCUGGGUUUUGCUGAUUUUCCAGGAAAGAAAAAGGGUUUUGCUGUCUUUCUGGUUCAUCAAAAAACCCAUUAUUGCUUCUCAGAUUUAUUGAUGCUGGGUUGGUGUUUUUGAUCUCUGUAUCAAACAUCAAUUCAAAUCUCAUUUUAAAAAAAAAAAAAAAAGUUUGUUUGGCUAACUUUUGAGCCUUAUUUAAAUGCUUAAUAUCUUGUUUUUAAUGUUUGAAAUUCAUGUCUCCAAUUCUCUGUGAAGGUCUCCUUUCUGAGUUUAUGAUCAAUUCCUUGUUCAGGCGCAGGACCCAACUUGUUCAAUCCUUCUCCGUCGUCUUCCUCUACUGGCUCUACUACGUUUCAUGAUUAGAAAUUAAUCUCUGCUUAUUAAUUAAUCUAUAAUAGUUAUAUUAAUAAUAAUAAUCUAUAAAUAAUCAAGAAAAAUUUCUCCUGUUUCUUUCUUCAAAUUUCAAGCUUUUUUUUACUACCCGGGUCCUGCAGCUUAAUCAAUAAUUCUUCUUAAAUCUCUCACUUUUUCUUCCCAGCCAAACUAUUAAAAAAAAAAAAAAAAGAAAAGGAAAGAAAACAUCCAUGGCGUCCUCCAGCGGCACAUCUUCCGGGUCCUCUCUGAUACAGAACUCCGGCUCCGAGGAGGAUUUACAGGCGCUAAUGGAUCAGAGAAAGAGGAAACGAAUGAUCUCCAACAGAGAAUCUGCAAGAAGGUCGAGAAUGAGGAAACAGAAGCACUUGGAUGAUUUAAUGUCGCAGGUUAGUCAGCUGAGGAAGGAGAAUCAUCAGAUCAUCACCAGCGUCAACAUCACGACUCAGCACUACCUUAACAUUGAGUCGGAGAACUCAGUCCUCCGAGCUCAGGCGAGUGAACUCAGCCACCGGUUACAGUCUCUCAACGAGAUUGUGAGUUUCUUGAACGCCAACAAUGGCGGGUAUGGAGGGGGAAACGACGGCGGAUUCGGAGGUGGGAAUAGUAAUUUCACUUCAUCAUCGGGUGGCGCGCUGGCUGAUCAUCAGACGGCUGAGAGUUUCCUGGACCCAUUCAACUUGAUUUACUUGAACCAGCCGAUCAUGGCCUCUGCUGAUAUUUUUCAAUAUUAAUUUACUUAUCCGUAAUUAAAAUUAAUUACGGGUAAAUUUACAAGUUACAAAAAUUUUA